AAUGGAUAAAUGUAUAGCGGUAAACAUACCUGGCGCGCUGCGUAUCUUAUUUGACGAGACAAAAGCAAUUUGUCCUACAAGUUUUCAAGAUAGAAUUAGACAACCGAGAGAUAUAAUGAAGAGUGCGAUGUUUCUUGGAAGACUGAGACCAUUUCUCAAAUCACGCUUUGUAAUCCUACGACAAUUUAGCGACAGUUCUUCCGAAAAAGUCCCUUUUUAUAGCACGAAACCAAGGUUUAUGUACAGGGAUUACAUUGAGCGAGAUUUUGAAGGAGAAAGAAAAAGUCAGUUUUUAAUUACUAUUUUCUGGGCCUGGAUUACUUAUUUUCUCAUUAAUCAUCCUGAAGAAUUGACUGUAAGUAUGGUAUAUCUUUAACCCUUUUUUCCAGGGCCAUGCAGCAUUCCCUGACCCUAAAACGUUUACUGACGAUGAACUAGGAGUUUUAUAAAAAUUUAGAUAUGUAACAUACAUAAACAUUAGUAAAAUAUAGUAUACACUCGACAUUACGAGAACCAAUUUUGUCAAUUAUUACUAUUUUGAUGCAUAUGAUUCGGAGUUCUACCCGAAUUUUAGAUAAUACUACUCACGAUUCAUUAAUGGUAGUUACCUUGUGAAAAACGUAUGACAUCCUUUAUCACAUUUUUAGUGUUUAGUUGGUAGCUCGUGUGCACAUAUUAUCUCUAUAAGUAUCAGAAUUAUCAAAUCACUAUUUACCACCAUAAAGUUAUUGAACUUUAGAAGUGUAUCUUUAUGUCUACCGAUUUAUCUAUAUCCAAACCCAAAAGUAGACUAAAUGAGACAGAAACCGUAUCAGUGCUUAUCGAUUGUGAGCCGUAUUGUGAUUUUGAACUGUUUUAUCUUCUGAAGUUGUGGGAUUUUAAAUUGGACUAGACUUUUGUGACCCGAAACCUGACUCCAGUUACAUCGAACAAAUGGUCGUUAUUGAAUGAUUGCUGUAAUGUCGGCUAUCCUUGUAUACAAUUAUCGAAUUAAUCUGCGUUAGUGAAUAACAAUUAAAUAAGUCAAAUACGAGAAUCAAUUUCGAAAACAUAUAUUUCAUACAAUCGUUGAUCCAGACAAACGAGCUGAGAAAUGAAGAGAAAAGAACGAAGCGAAAUGAAAUGCGGUAGAUAAAACAAGUGAGCCAACUCGAUUUAAUCAAUAUUUAUAGCCAGAUAAAAAUAAGCUACAGAUAUGUGAUGAUUAGGAUAAGAUGUUCACAUAUAUACACUCAUUUAAAAACAAUAAAUAACCCAAUAAGUGACAAGGUCAAAAUGUGGUUUAAGAAGAUUGAAUACACCGUCUUGUUCGGAAGCACAUGACCUUACACUAUCCCCACAAGACUAGUCACAAUCUCAAGUAGAGCUUACAAUCAUAGUAGUGCGAUCAGAAUUAAUAUGUCUAGUCGUUUACAAGUCCAGUGGUUCCUGGUUCGCGGAGCUGUUAACUCAGCUCGAUGGAUUAUACGGACUUAACCAAAAUCGUCCUUUUAAUUGCAUUUGGUUCUAGUUGUCUAAAUUCGUAUUUCUGAGUCAAUAAAUCUACACAUCAAAAUAAAUCUCUUCUUAUAACUGAUUUCGAUAGUUGAUGACUCCUACGUCUGUGUGUAUAAUUGUCAUGUUAUAACUUUUUAAACUAGUCGUGUUUAUGGUAUGUCCUAAAUUAAAGCAGAGUAUACCUGCUUUCAGUGUUAACAGUGACGAACAGUUUUCUUGCUGCACAUGAAAAACAACUAAUCGAUUGUUUUCAUGAGACCAGUCGUUCACACUUUACACUUCCUCUCUUUCGAGAAAUGUACCUUACAUUUAUCACCUCGUCUACAUCUCUUUAGUCUUCAGUUAAAAAAGUGAUAAAACUAUAUUCUCGAGAAGCUCUAAUAAGUGGUUAAGAAAUGGCCUGGUAGCUAUGGUAACACGGCAUUCACAUUUAAUGGAACUGCUUAUGUAGUAUUAAUGUCGAACUUGAAAGGAAAGUUGUUCACAUGGAGUUACUGGUAUCGACUUCAUAGAUGAUUAUGACACGGGCUAACCAAAUCUUGGUUUGUAAAGGCUCAUUUAGCUGCGAUGCUUCCAAAGAUAAUGUUGCAGCUUCGAAUUUAGAUUGUAGAAUUUGGGACAUUGCUAUACAGGUUAGGAAUUCUGGAAGCUUAGGCUUGACGAUUGAAUCGGUCUUCCUAAUACUGCCUGUCUUCAUUAGUAACCUGCUUCGGUUGGGCACCCGGGUAGUAUCCCAGCCCUCACACAAAUCGAAUGAUUUAUGUGGCAUAUAUCUAUUUGGUGCCUCCUUGUACCAAUGUUUAUGUGUUUAAAUAAGUGAAUAAUAAAUAAUUUCAUUAGUAACAUUAAAAUGAGAGGUAGCCAACUAUAUAUUGCAUACUUUUGUGUACAUAUAAUUGAUCACUUCGAGUUACUGAUCGUACGAACUUCGUCCUAUCAUUACAGUUGUCAUCGUCAUUGUAUUAAUGUUUUCAAACACAACUAAGGUGUAAUUACAAGUAUUCCUGUGUGUCAGUGCAAACGGUAAAUUUUAAAUGCUGUCUUAGUCGAUGCAAAACGACUUAAUUUUGUACGCCUGUUAUCCCUCGUGGAGGGAUUCUCCAUCCCAUCCUGUCACGAGAAUCCUUUCCAGUAACUAUUAAUCCUUCUGAUGUCUGCUUCCAUUUCCCGACGUAGUGUUCUUCGGCCUUCCUCUUCUCAUUUCCCCUUGAAGAUUCCAAGUUAUCGCUUGCCUCAUGGUGAAGUUUGGUAUUACUUAAAUGUAUGUCCUAUCCUUUUUCAACGUCUUUUCCUAAUUUCCUCUUCAGCUGGAAGCCGGUUUGUUCUCUUCUACAGAAGGCUAUUGGCUUGCCUUUUAUGUCCUUGACUGAUCGCUCUAGUUUACGAUAUUUCUCAGCCAGAAUCUUCCUUGUCAUUUAUUUGUCUCGUAUUUCCCUCACUUGCAGCUUUUUCCGCUGUCGCUGUUAGGUCUUCCACAUGUUUCUGCUUGUCAGCUCUAAUGCUCUUCUUCAUUUGCUUGUUUGUUUCUGGGUAUUCAGCCUGUCCCUUGACUUCUGCUCUUCUUCGUCUGUUGUCGAUUGCUGUUUCCCACAUUAUUUAGACAUUCCACGUACCGAUAUUUACUGUUGCUCUGGUUGUUAGAAGGAGCAUCGACCUCGUGGUUUUCGAAGAACCUCAGCCUUCACUAUGAGGUAUAAUUCUUCUGGAUAAAGAUCCUAAACUACCAAGACAGUUUAAAUAGUUUAUCCUAGUUAGCGUUUUUUGGAAAGAUUAUUCUCUACGGUAUGUUGUUGGUGACUCCAUGCCCAAACCUCCUUCAUUACUCGGGCUUGGGACAGACAAUAACCCUAGAUGAGCUACAGGCGGAGUUGGUAUAAAAGAGCACCAAAAUAUGUAUGCGCCACAUAGUGUUUAUCAUUAAACUUUUAUGGGCCACGAUAUUGUCUGGGUCCUAAAACCAAAGUAGGUGGUUUUCUUAAGGACCCACUUCCCGAGUGGUAGGGCGACGUCAGGUGAAGUUCCAUUAUACCUGGUGAUCAGGAAUAGAUUCAUACGCUUUUUUUUCCCUCAGGAUCCUGAAGCCCAUUUCGAAUCAAGGUUUCCCAACUUUCCUAGGUGAAUCAUUCGUAUCCACCAAUCCACUUUAAGUGCCGAACAUCCGCUUUUCGUCCUCUCAACUUCGUAAAUAACACUCCCACCACGAAAAGACCACGGGGACUUCCAUGUCAGUGAUAUAUGUCUGGCCAUAUGAGAGGAUUUUCCUCACCCUCGACCGUACCACAGCAUUUUUAGGCACAUCAUCAUAAGGCCUCAGGUUUCAUUCGUACUGAUGAGUAGUUAGAAAAACGAAAUUUCCCAGCUACCUCUAAUAUGUUCUCUGAAUCUGGUUUUCAGCUUCUAUCGUCUGUGUGCUCUUAUUAAUUAAUUGUUUCUGAUAUCACUUCAUUCAAUUUCUCACUUUAAUUAUUGUAACAAAAACAUUUUAUUAUCUUCAUGCACACUAUAAUCCGUUCCUAACUUAUUAAUUUUACAAGAUUUUCUAUUUGCACACAUAAUCUUUCUGUUAGAUCAUCUUGGUUAUUCCUUGCUCACAUUUCCUCACAGAACUAGUACUUCAACAAAAAGUUUCAUUUAUGUGUACGGUUGUACAUCUUGAUAAUAAAUUCGUGGGAAAGAUAUCCCUUCGCUGAACUUCAUUUUUUUAAUGUUUAAAUGAAAAUUACAUAUUAUUAAGCAGAUAGCAACUUUUGGCAUAUACUAAUAACACGACAAAUGAGAUUUGGCACAAGAAACUUUGCGGAGAUUUUAAUUCAUGGACGACCUCUGGCGAUACUAGUGAUGCUGAGAUGACUCACCUACACACUACACUAGGGUAAAAAGAGAGCAAUAAGUUACCAUGAGGAAUCGAGAUUAGGAUUUAGGGUCCGGAAUUAGAUCAAGGGUUUCCAUCUGGAACCGACAACAGCUAUGAUGCCAAAAUUCAAGACUUUCUAUUCUUGAUGUCAUGUCAGUCACGCCGAAACUGUUAUAAAGUGGUGGUAUAAUUUGUUAAUCAACCGUUUUAUAUAUCAACGCAGAGAACACUAUAAAGACUGUGUUGUUUACUAGUGAAUCAUAGUUAUCGAUUAGAAUAGAAACUUUUAUUUAUGCAAAAUAUGUACAGAAUGUUUUUGCUCUAAUUCAUAUCAUUUUUCUUUAUAAAUGGCAUUCUGAAAACUUCAGUGAGUUUACGGGCCUGCAAAUGAAAAAGAAAAGCUUGUUGUUAUUACGUGUAAGGACGUUAGAAAUAAUUUUUAGAUAAUAAUAUCUGUUACACACAGUUCAUUUCGAGUACAUAUGUGAAUACUGGGUAUUACCAUGAUCUCUGUUAUUACUGUACAACUUAUUCACGAAUAACACUUAGGUUUAUUCGCAAUAUAGCAUUUACAAUGGAUUAUGUAGUUAAGAAGGAUCACGAUCGUGAAAUACAGAGAGCUUAUUACAACAAAUCAUAACCAGCAAGCAAACUCCGAAAACACCGCUAAGAGAAUCAACUGAAGAAACUAUGAAGCAUUCUCGAACAAACCUGAUACACACAAACAAACUGUAAAUGCACAAUUGUUGAAAUUCCAAAAGUAUGCUCAGUAAUCUGCAACUGCACAGAAUAACCACAGCUAAUGAUGGUAACUACCAUCAUCUUUGAGUGAAAUUUUAUAACACAAACUAAUCAGAAACUAAAUGAACUGAAGAUGUACAUAAUGCUUAUCUACCUAAGUAGAAACAUACGAUUGACGGUUUGUUCAAUAAGUGUAUUACAACAACAAAAUUAUCUGAAGAGCUAAAUCUUCAUUCUAUAGUUACGUAAUAUGAACUCCCCUUAAAGCUUUUAUGAAUCUAUUCAACAUAAAGUUAUUUGAAAAUUUCAACAUACUUUAAGCUGACCGAAACCAGGGCACUUCUCCAAAGUUGAUUGAUCAGCUCGUAUUAUGUCGGCUACAGUCUGAAAGUUUACAUUGAAUAAGAAAAGCUAUCUAAUUCUUGUACUGUUAUAUCCUAGUGAAGAUUAAAUUACGGGUAACCCCUGAGAUCUAUUAACAGACUAAUAUUAUAUAUUCCUAUUGUAUAACUGUUCCGUAAUUAAAUUAGGUAUAUCUAUAUUCCUCUUAUUAUAAGAUCCAUUUUGACUUAUAAAUCAUUACUGUACGAUUUACUGUUCUUAAAUUAUGUUCAGUUUAUUUGUUAUCGUCUCCCACGUUCACAGCCACUUUUUGGCUUGAUCUUGUAUAGAUGUUAUUUCCUAAUUCAUGGUAUGAUGCGGUCUGUUCGGCUGGUAAUAUAAACCAAGCAUGUUUGAAAUCAAUGAUUCGCAUGGCGGAAGCUGUUAUUGGUGUUCUGGACUCAACUGGACGGGCUAGGGAAGCAAAGGAUCAAUAAGGACGCUAGGCUGCUCAUACCGGUCGAACAUCAUUGGUUUAAUACAGUACAAGAGUUAAUAAGUCGUAUUUCGACCGGUGAAUAAAUCACGUGAUAACUAACCGGCCUUGAAGUCACAUGUAAAAUUUAAAAAAUUUAUUUCAAAACAACUUAUGAUUUACGUACUAACCUGCUAUUAUUAAUUUUAUUAUUCACUUAUCAAUAGAAUACGAAAGCAAAUCAGUUUUUAUAAACCUCCAAAUAUUCGUUUUAAUUCAUCUGCCUUGAUUACAUGUAUACUAGUCAAUUAUUAAGUUUAAAAUGUUCUGGGUUGUUAUUUCGUACAAUCUGGAUUGUAUCAUUGUGUAUAAUAAUGAGUGAAAUAAAUAUUUUAUCGCAUC